UCUGAUUCAGGACUGCUGUGCAAUGGUGCAUAUAGUAUUUUCAGCACUGUUGAUCUGCGGCACGGGUUUGCUUAAAGCGUCGCAGAUAGAAAAUUUGUCAGCUCAGCCGGGAGAGAAUGUCACUAUUUGGUGUCAACACAACUCAGGCACUGGAAAGAACGUACACUGGUUCAAGCAAACAAAGAGUUCUGUACCUAUUGCCAUUGUAUACAUGCUGAUAACCUUUGAGCUGAAGGAACUACAUACUAAUUAUUUAAACGGUUUUCAACAAAAUCGUAUGCUGAUGUCAUUGCACAGUGAAAAUACCUCUCUACGAAUCCUAAAUGUGGAUGAUUUUGAUUCUGGUCUGUACUUCUGUGGUUGGGAGAAACAUGUUAUGGCAUUUGGUGAUGGAACACAGCUAGAAAUUAAAGAGAGGAGAGAUACACCACUGCAGAAUAAAACAGAAAAUACCAAUAAAGAUGUGAACAAAAGGCCGAUUUCAACAAGAGAUUGUUCUGAAAACAUCUUUUAUAAGAUGACCUUUAUUUUUGGUGGCAUUAUUUUUAUUGUUGCCGUCAUUUUGCUCACCGCGCUCAUCAUUCAGAUCUGGAACAGAAACGCACAGGGAAAAGUCUCGAUUUCUGUCGCAGCGGAUGCUGAGAGCCGUGAAACACAACACCAUGAGGAGCCUUAUUCGUCAGUGUAUGCAGCUCUGCAAUUCUCAAAACACAAAUCCAGAAGACCAGCCCGACGUACAGAGGAUACAGAUGUUGUGUAUUCUGCCACUAGACAGUCUAAAACUGGCACAUGAUCAAAUAUUGUACCCUAUAUUGUAAUGUUUCAGAUCCAAAUAUUCAUAAAGACUCUAAUAUUUAUACUCUAUUGCUAAUGUAUAUGUGUGCUCUGCAAUGUUUCAUAUUUUUAAUGCAAAAAAAUUGUAAAGAUCAAACUUAUUUGGAAGUGUAAUUUACAUAUGUUCAUGUUCUCUGUAAAUAAGACGUAAGUAGGCCCUCUCUCAAGAUGCAGGGGUUGCGAACGAUCUCAUUUCCUAUAAAGACCCUGACAGGAAGAAGCUGUUUAGUGUAGAAUGAGACGUUCUGAAGAGAAACCAGAUUACAAAACUGUAAAUAUACACAACAAAACGGUACAAAUUAUUAAAACUUACCAUUAUGCUCACAUAUGACAACAAUUUAUUACAGCAAGCAGAAGAAGCAUAGCCUGAUCAUUAUGAAUACUGAAAAUAUGA